AUGGAAUCUCCUUUAAAAGAGAAAUUUGAUAAAACAUUUACGCCACGACGAAUAUUUUCUCAGUCACCUCAAAAAAGCUUCGAAGACUUAAAGCGCCCAAGGUCUCUUAUUAAAGUUAAUUUAUUUCAAAAGCUUAAGCUUCAAGAAUACAUGAAAAAGCUUGAUAUUUCGCCUUCGCCUAUUCGAUGCAAAAAUCCAUUUGCUAUUAAAGAAGACGAAAUUUAUUCCCCUUCCCCUAGAAAAAACAAGAUAUUUUAUAUAGACCCUAGAGAACCUUGCAUUGAAGAACUUAUUGAUUCUAUGCUAUCUAACAGACAAAGUCCUCUUAGAAAAGAUACCAACGUAUGCGCAAAGUCUUUAGACCCUAAAUUGACGAAUAGUUUUCUUAAUCCCCACUAUGUAGUUAAGCAAAAAAAUUUCCUUGAUUUAAUGGAAUUAAAUUUUUUCUCCAAAGGAAAAAUCAUUAUUUAAAACAAGCUGUUUAAAAUGAAUAAAAUUAACUCGAAAUUCUAUUAUAAGUUUGUUACAUAUAUCUUUAUAAACAAUAUUAUAUUAUAAUGUUUUUUCUCUCACUUUGAGGAGGAAGUUAAGGAAAUGGUACAUAUAGCUAAGCAUGGGAUUAAGAAAAAAAUAACCUUGGAUUUGCUUAAUAAUCAUGCUAAAGCUUCAGAAGCUGAAGAGUUUUGGAAUAACCAUAUCAGCGGAAAAGCAGCUGUAAGAUGGGACGUUUUCCAAGAAUCUUUUAUAAGAUUUUUAAUUUUAUCGAUAAAUACCUCACAAGGUUAUAUAAGGAAACUUAACUGGGAGGCGUUUUUUAGUAAACUUUAUGAAUCAAUUUCUAUUUCAGAUGAAAGUUUUUCACUGUAGCAUGAUUUUUUUCGGCAGACAUUUUCUCAGCGUCAUUUGGACCAAAAAUCAACACAUUUUUAAGCAAAACCAUUAAUUUUGCACAAAGAAAAAAUUUCCGGCCAAAUGGCCCCGAUAAAAUACCUGCAAAAAGAAAAAGUUCUUGAUGAAAAAAAAUUUAGUCACUUUUCAUUGUGGCCAAGAAUCAUCAGUUACCCAAAUACAUUAAUUUGCCGAGGAAAAUUAGUGAGAUGCGAUGACUGGAAAAUAUUUGUUGAAACAGGAGCAUUUAAAUCUAUACCAAAAACAGUAUAUGCAAAAAUACAAAAUUUCAAUAAAUAAAUUGCAAUAAUAAUUUAUCUCCAUUUUAACACAAUUUACCUUAGAAAGGAUUACUUUACUAUCAUGCAUUUCUAAUGACUGUCAUUUUAUAAAAGAUUUAUGGCAAGGGAAUAAUUUCACAUAUGCUUGCGGAACACAAUAUAAAGGCCAAUGAAACAGCUAUUUAAGAGAAGGCCAAGGAACUCUGACAUUCCCCAGCGGCGAAAUUUUUCAAGGGAUUUUUUUUAAUGGGCUAAGACAUGGGUUUGGAAUUUUUGAAGGAAAUGGGUAUUAUUAUAAAGGAGACUGAGAUAACGACCAAAUUCAUGGUUUUGGGACUAUGAAUUAUCCAAACGGGUCUACAUUUACUGGAGAAUGAGAACAUGAAAAUCCCAGAAAUGGGACUCUAAAAUGGGCUGAUGGGAUUUAUACAGGAGAGCUCAAUACGUAUUGCUUACAAGGACAAGGAAAAUUAAUCACAAUAGAUGGAGAUAUAAAGAAAGGAACAUGAGUCAGAGGCAAACUCAAUGGAAAUGGAGAAAUUAAGCUAAAAAAUGGGCAUAGAUACUCAGGGAUUUUUGUGGAUGAUUAUCUUGACGGAAAAGGAGCAUUAGAGACAGAAGAAUUUUUUGUUGAAGGGUGGUUUAAAAAAUCAAAACCUCAUGGAUUUGCAACUAAAAAAUGAUACAAUGGAGAUAUUUAUGAAGGAUUUUUUUUGAAAGGGAAGCCAAAUGGAAAAGGCUGCUUAAAAAAUGACAAUGGAGAUAUAUAUAAAGGAGAUUAUAUAAGAGGAAAAUUAAAUGGAAAAGGAGAGUUCACCAAUAAUGAUGGGGUUAAAUAUGAAGGGGAAUUUGUUGAUCAUUUAUUUCAUGGAAGAGGAGUGUUGAAAUUUAUUUUUACAGAAAAUAAGUGCAUAUAAUUUGAGAUAAUUAUUGAUAUUUUUAAAUAUAGGCUACCAUAUUUUUCAUUAAAAUUAUAUAGUAUAUUUAUAAAGGAGAGUUCAGAGAAGGCAAAUUUCAUGGCAAAGGCCAGCUUAAAAUUGAAAAUAUAGGCGACUAUUUUGGAGAUUGGGUUGCUGGGGUCAAAGAUGGAGCUGGAACUUUAACCCUUCAUAAAAUGACUUAUAAAGGCAAAUUUGUUAAUGAUAUUGUGCAUGGGAAUGGGUCGAUUUAUUUUUAUGACGGAAGUUAUUAUACAGGAGAAUGGAUAGAAGGAAUUCCUCAUGGCCGAGGAGAAGCUUUGGAUUCAGAUAAUAAUUGAUUUUCAGGGCUUUUUAUUAAUUCUAAGCCUUUAUUGAAAAAUCCAUUGAAUGACGAAAUUUUUGAAGAAUUAGCUAUUUUUAAAAAACAAACCGAAAAUAUUGCGAAAAUUGAAGUAAUUAAAAUUUAA